AUGACGACGGAGACGGGCCCUGGUUCGGAGGUGAAGAACACUCAGGAGGAGGCUCCGCAGCAGCAGCUGGAGGCGGCUACCACUGGAGCCGCCAGCCCCGCCAGCCGGGACACUGAGGCCAGCGAGAAGCCCGGAGCACAGUCCGAUGCCCGAAAUAUGGAGCCGGGCACAGAGAUGGAAGAGAAGGACUACAGUGAGACAGAUGGUCUCUCUGACAAAACAACCCCCAGCAAGACCCAGAAGUCACCCCAGAAAACCACCAAGAAAGUGAAGAGCGCCCUUUGCAGAGUGACCCUGCUCGAUGCCUCUGAGUACGAAUGCGAGGUGGAGAAGCAUGCCCGAGGCCAGGUCCUCUUUGACAUGGUGUGUGAGCACCUCAACCUCCUAGAGAAGGACUACUUUGGCCUCACCUUCUGCGACUCGGACAGCCAGAAGAACUGGCUGGAUCCCUCCAAGGAGAUAAAGAAGCAGAUCCGCAGUGGGCCCUGGAACUUCGCCUUCACUGUGAAAUUUUACCCUCCAGACCCUGCCCAGCUCACAGAGGACAUCACGAGGUACUACCUGUGCCUGCAGCUCCGUGCAGACAUCAUCACGGGGCGCCUGCCCUGCUCAUUUGUCACGCAUGCCCUGCUGGGCUCCUACGCCGUGCAGGCCGAGCUGGGUGACUAUGAUGCCGAGGAGCACGUGGGCAACUAUGUUAGCGAGCUCCGCUUCGCCCCCAACCAGACACGGGAGCUGGAGGAGCGCAUCAUGGAGUUGCACAAGACCUAUCGGGGAAUGACCCCCGGAGAAGCAGAGAUCCACUUCCUGGAGAACGCCAAGAAGCUCUCCAUGUACGGGGUAGACCUGCACCAUGCCAAGGACUCAGAGGGCAUCGACAUCAUGCUGGGCGUCUGUGCCAAUGGCCUCCUCAUCUACAGGGACCGGCUGAGGAUCAACCGCUUUGCCUGGCCCAAGAUCCUCAAAAUUUCCUACAAGAGGAGUAACUUCUACAUCAAGAUCCGCCCAGGCGAGUAUGAACAGUUUGAGAGCACCAUUGGCUUCAAGCUGCCCAACCACCGCUCUGCCAAGCGUCUCUGGAAGGUCUGCAUCGAGCAUCACACCUUCUUCAGGCUGGUGUCCCCGGAGCCGCCCCCCAAGGGCUUCCUGGUGAUGGGCUCCAAGUUCCGCUACAGCGGGCGGACGCAGGCGCAGACACGGCAGGCCAGCGCCCUCAUCGACCGCCCGGCUCCCUUCUUCGAGCGCUCCUCCAGCAAACGGUACACCAUGUCUCGCAGCCUUGACGGAGAGUUUUCGCGCCCGGCCUCCGUCAGCGAGAACCACGACGCCAGGGCAGAGGGCGAGAAGCCGGAUGAGGACGGUGAGUUUGGCAGCAGGAGGCGGUCGGAGACGGAGGACGAGGAGGUGACCACCCCAACAAAAAUCAAGGAGCUGAAGCCGGAGCACGAAACAACCCCCAGGCACAAGCAGGAGUUUCUAGACAAGCCAGAAGACGUUUUGCUGAAGCAUCAGGCCAGCAUCAAUGAGCUGAAACGGACCCUGAAGGAGCCCAACAGCAAGCUAGUUCACCGGGACCGGGACAGGAGGCUGCCUUCCUCACCAGCCUCUUCCUCACCCAGGCAUGAGGAUGAAACACCAAAGGGAACCCCAGAAAAGGCCAGUGAGAGAGCAGGUUUGAGGGAGGGCACCGAGGAGAAAGCUAAGCCACCUCGGCACAGGGCUCCUGAGAGUGACACCGGCGAUGAGGAGCAGGACCAGGAGAAGGACUCGGUCUUUCUGAAGGACAACCACCUGGCCAUCGAGCGCAAGUGCUCCAGCAUCACGGUCAGUUCGACUUCCAGCCUGGAAGCAGAGGUGGACUUCACAGUGAUCGGUGACUUCCAUGGCAUGGCUUUUGAGGACAUCUCCCGGAGCCUGCCUGAGCUGGACAAGGACAAGAGUGAAACAGAAGACGAAGGCCUGGUUUCCUUCCAGCACACUGACAAAGUAGUUCCCGGACUGGAAGAGGAUCUCAAAGGCGGGGAGAAGGUCUCCCAGCCCAGCCCCGAUGUCUCCCAGCUAGAGUCAUCAGGCCCCAAAACAGACGCUGUGACUGUCAGCCUGCGGCCAGGCAUGAAGAAGCUUGAAGCAGACGGCUCUGCUCCUCACCAGGUCAGCACCACAGAUGCAGCCCAGGUGGAAGGAGGUGCCCUGGGCAGCAGGGACGGCACAGCCGCUGCUCACGCUGGCACUGCAGAGACGGCGCUGGCAACCUCAAUCACCAGCGGCUCCGCGGGGAAGGACGUGCUCACCAGCAUAUUCAGUGCCACUGCAGAAACCCUCUCCACUUCCACCACUACCCACGUUACCAAGACUGUGAAAGGAGGGUUCUCAGAGACCCGGAUAGAGAAGCGCAUCAUUAUCACAGGAGACGAAGAUGUGGACCAGGACCAGGCACUGGCUUUAGCAAUCAAAGAGGCAAAACUACAGCAUCCUGACAUGCUGGUAACCAAAGCUGUGGUGUACAGAGAAACAGAACCUUCUCCGGAGGAAAGGGACAAGAAGCCUCAGGCAGAGAGGUUUCUCCUGCGAGCGUGA